AUGAGUGAUAAUGAUAGCCAAGAUAAUGAGCUUUUAUUACAGGUAAAACGUCUUGAGAAGAAGAAUUCUCUUCUCCAGCAAUCCAACGAGUAUUUGCAAGAAAAAUUUGAAGAAAUGUCUAAGAUAAAUCAAAAUUUACUUGAUAACAAAGUUAUUAUAGAGUCAGUUAGAAAAGAAAACAAACAACUUCAAUCAGAGAAUAAAGAUUUAAAUCAACGAAUUCAAAUUCUCUGCGAGAAAAAUGACAGCUUACAAAAAGAACUCGAAUCGAAGAAAAAACCAAGCCAAAAAUUACUCUCUUCAGAUUUAACAGAUUUGAAUAGUAGAAUUAAUCGAGAAAGGGAAGAAUUUGAAAUAGCUAUUCAACAAAAGGAUAAGGAGAUGCAAAAGCUCAAGGGAGAUCUUGUACAAAAGGAUUCUGAUAUUAAAACUCUCAUGAGUUUACUUGAUCAACUUAAAUCUGCUAAUGAAAAUUUUUUCAAUAUGAACUUUACUACAACAAAGGAUCUUAUUGAUUAUAUAAAACUUAAUUGCAAUCAGGGUGAUGAUUCAGAAGUGAAACAACUGCAGGAAUUAUGCACUUCUCAAGAAAAUCAGAUUCAAGAACUCAGAACACUAUUGAAGAGCGAAAAGAAGAAGAGACAUGUUGCGGAAAUAGAAACCACUCAACUGCGCGAAAAGAUUAGUAAUCUUGAGAUUGAAUACGAAAUCAAGUUCUCUGAUUUGAAUCAAAAACUUGAAGAAGCACAACACUUGAAUGAUCUCAUGAAAGAAUCACAUCUCAAUGAAAAACAGCAGCUUCGGGCUAAACUUGCUUCAACACAAGAUCUUCUUGAGAAAACAAAGAACAGAAUUCCAUCAUCUAAUAACGAGAAAUCAAUGUCCAGUGAUGCAAAUCUUGCCAAUCUUAAAUCUCAGAACAGAGAACUUAUGGACAAGCUGAUCGAAGCAACAAAUAAUCUCUCCAACCUAAAGCGCGAAAAUGAGGAACUUGUUGAUCAGAUAUCAACAUUCAAUAAAGCCAAAGAGAACCUUCAAACAUCCAUUGCUCAACUUAGAACAGAAAACUCUCAUCUUCGUGAGCAAAUUAACAAUCAACAAAGUGAGAUCCAGCGUUUAAAGAUACAUAGCUCCUCUCUUGAAGAAGAAACACGUUCAGCAACAGCUCAGGUUCUAGCAGCUAAAGCAACAUUCAAUCAAACCAAGCAUGCUUUUGCUGAAGAAUCUGCAAAGGCUGAUCAACUCAGACAAGCCGUAGAUGGUCUUAAAGAUAUAAUUGCUUCUCAAAAGUCUGAAAUUGAUCGUUAUAACAGCGAGAGCUCUAAGUUAAUUGGUGUCAUCUUGAAGCAAAAGAUCCUUACAGAGAAAGUACUUUCGAAUCAAGCUGAAUCAAAGAGUGAAUUAAAGAAGCAAAUCAAGAUGCUGAAAGAACAGUUAGAAUUGGAACAAAAAAAGAAUGAGCACAUGGCAAGCAAAGCUGAAGAAAUCCCAGUAACAUCAUGGUUCUGUGCUGAAUUCCCUCAGAAUCUCAUCAAACAAAUUUCAGACUUGUCAACAAAUCCUUCUUAUAAGACAGUUACAAAGCUGAAACUGGUGUUGGAAACGAUUGCUAAAUAUUACAAUACAGAAUACAAGAAUCAGCACAAUGCAAAUGAUAAAAUCAACUCGAGUCUCAAGGCCAAGAACAAUGUUUUGAGUGAAUUCAUAACCGGAAUUGGUGCAGUUUUGCACAAUGACAAACUUACACCCGAUAACUUAGUCAGAGAUCCACAAAUCGGAACAAAUGCAAUAUCAUAUUUGAACUCAUUAAUAAAUGAACUUAAUACCAAAUCAGAGUUAAUUGAUGAGAUUGACAAUGCAUCAAAGAAAUUAUUCGGACUUCUUGGCGUCGAAACACUUCAAUCAGCAGUCAAGAAGGCAGAGAAACUCAUUAAAUCUCUCAAAGUCGCAUCUGCACAAAUCGAUGAACAGAAAGCGAAAUGUGCCAAUGAAAGAAGUUCAAGAAAGACAGCAGAGGCUAAAGCUGUUGCAGUCCAGGAGCAAUCACAGAGAGAUGCCGAACAAAAACAAAUCAUCAUUUCCAAUCUCACAAACGAUAAGAGCCGUUUGGCUGAAAGAUUAAGAGCGGCUGAAACAGAAAUUAUCCAACUUAGAGGUGAACUCAAGAAACUCCAAAAUGAAAAGGAAGACUUGUUGAAUUCUAAGCAGUUGGAACAUGAAGAUGAUUUAGAUUCUGUAAGAGCUGAAUGGCAGCAAAAGGUUGAAGCAGCACAGAAAGAAGCUGAUGAUUUAGCAGCAGAAUUAGAUGAGUCAUUAGCAAAUAAUGAAAACUUAGAAAUGCUUAACAAGCAAUUGAGGAAUGAAUUAGAGAACCUUCAAUUAGAUUGUGAAGCCAGAUCUAAGAAGAUUGCAGAUUUGCAAUUAGAAAAUGAAGUUACAAUUCAAGAAUGCAAGGAUAACUUAGAACGCGAGAAGCAAGAUUUAACUCAACAAUACGAAGCAGUUUUUGAAUCAAUGAAGAAGAAAAAUGAAGAACAAAGAACAAUCAUUGAUAAGCUCACAUCUUCUUUAGCAGAAUCAGAGCAACGCUAUAAGAUUGCUUUCCAAACAAACAGUGCUUUGUCCGAAGAGAAUAAGGAUUAUGAAGAUAGAUUGAACUUCCUGAAGGACGAAUUAGAUAGAGAAAAGAAACUCAGAGAAAAUCAGACUAAGGCAAUUGUUUUGACAACAGAAAUGAAGUGUCAGUCAAUGAUUGAUGAAGAGAAAGCGAACUCUGAAUCAGAAAAGAGAAAGAUCUUUGCCUUUGUUGCUUCGCAAUUUAAGAAAUUCUUCGAUGGCAGGAAGACAUUAGAUGAAGAAACAUUCAAGUCUAUCAUUAAUGGAUUGAAGACGGAUUACGAUUCAGUCAAUGAUCAACUUGACGGUGUUAGAAGAUUACUUGGAUUGAGUGAUGACGAAAAUCCAGUUGAUGCCCUUUCCAAAUUAUUGUUGACCAUGUUCAUGCAUAAGUAA